GAAAACAGUAGGGGCUUAAGUGGGCUAUAAAUAACUAGAGGAUUUCAUUGAUCAUUUUGAAGACCCGCAUUCCAUAUUCCUGUGCACGGCAGCCAUGGAGGAGGACGUCCAGUUAGAAAGUGACAACUGUGAGAGGAGCUCGGGAGUGAAGUUAGAACGGAACAUAUCUGUUAGUGAAUUUUCCUGCAGUUGUUGCUAUGAUAUAUUGGUGAACCCCACCACCCUGAAAUGUGGUCACAGCUUCUGCAGACAUUGCCUCGCCCUGUGGUGGGUGUCUUCUAAAAAGACUGAGUGUCCUAAAUGUUCUGACAAGUGGGAAGGGUGUCCCAAAGUGAACAUACUUCUUAGGGACGUCAUUGAAAAACUGUUUCCUGAUACCAUAAAAGAAAAAUAUGAGGCCGUUGAGCAGAACAUUGACAUUGUCAGAGCCCUGCAGGUCUUCAAUCAGUAUGGGAAUGAACAGAAUCAGUUGUGUUCCAGGGAAAAGCAGGCUAACCACCAGAGGCACUAUGGUUUCUUCUUCAUAGUGCUAUUUAUAUUUGGUAAAGUAGCAAUUAUGUUACUGCUGUAUCACUGGUGCUACCGCGAAUCUGAACAUGACUUCUUGGUCCACAAACCAGUGAUCAAGUGGACCCCUGAAGAGGUAGUCCUUUGGCUUGAACAGUUGGGUCCAUGGACGUCCCAUUACAAAGACAGAUUUUUAUCUGGAAGGGUAAAUGGAAGGCUUCUACUGACACUGGCUGAGGAUGAGUUUUCCAAAGAGCCAUACAGUAUAGAGAGCACCAGUCACCGGAAAGCCAUCAUCAUGGAGCUGGAGAGAGUGAAGACGCUUGGGGUGAAGCCACCUCAAGAUUUUUGGGAAUAUAUGGUAAAGCACUUUGUCCACUGUCAUAUGAUGUAA